UUUUAUCAUCCUAGCCAUGAGGCUUCUCCUACAGUAUCGGAACACCAAAACAAAUAAGAAACAUCCCUUGUCAUCUCUACAGGCAAGAAAGAAAUUUCUCAAUCUCAGCUUUACGAAAAUGAGUUAUCAGAAGCCUCCUCAUGAGCAUUACCCUCCUCCAGGGUACGCACCAUCAUAUCCACCACCAGGAUAUACACCAUCGGCACCACCACCGCCUCCACAGCCUUAUGAAGGAUACCCGCCUCCAGGUUACCCACCACCACCUGGACCACGUCAGCAAUACGAAGGGUAUCAAGGCUAUUUCGCUGAAGGGUACCCACCACCUCCACCUCGUCCUGGUCCGCCCCAAUAUCAUCAUCAAUAUCACUAUGAGCACCACCAUUACCAAGACAACACUGGUGGCUGUACCUCGUUUUUCCAAGGAUGUUUGGCUGCACUUUGUUGCUGUUGUGUGCUGGAUGAAUGCUGCUUCUAAAGUUUAAACUGCCUUGAGAUUUGAGGGGUGUUGUAAUUUCUGUUUUCAUUCUUGUUGUUCAGUUGUCAAGUUCUAUUGCAUAUGGUCUGUGCAAAAUUUAAUUCAACAGCGUUCCUGCCCCAAAUUCCCCAAACACAAAUACACAGCAUUCUACAGUGUUGUUAUUUUCAAUGUAAAUCUUGAAUGUGAGCUUCCAUAUUUUACUAUCAGAUAAAUGCUUUCAAUUUACUCCAA